AGGUUUCAUUUACUGAUGUAAUUCAACACAAAGGCUAAUGUCGAAGCGUUCAUUCAUUUUCGGAGCCCGAGAAGAUGAAGCAUAAAGUAUUAUGCAGACGCAAGAAUGCCUACGGUUGGACGCUUCGUUAUCACUCUGUUAUUAUUAGGUGCAGCAGCGCAUAUUUUUCUAGGUGGUGACUUAUCAUUUAUCAGUGAUUAUCACAUUUGGAAACCAAUAGUUGAAAACAAUAAACAAGAAAUUAUUCUGAUGCAUGAUACCAACAAUAACAGUGAUCGAGAUUCCAACGGAAUUCCAUCAAAUGACGAAAGAAAAUUCCAUUUAAUUAGUGUUGCUCCAUUUGCUAAUUCAGUCAGUAUUCCUUCAAAAUUUUAUAAGCUCUUCACUAAUGGUUUACUGUACAGUAAUUUAACUACUGUUUACCCAACAAUAAAUGCAUCCAUCAUCAAUAGUUCAACAAAUGAUGAGCCAACAGAAAUAUACACGAAAAAUGCGUACUUCUCGAAAACCGAUGAGAAUAUCCAUAAUACCGUGUUAAACACUACUGCAGGUUCCCAAUCUUCCGGGCGACUAUUUGGUAAUAAAACAUUAUCAACAUGUAAGCUUAUUUCGGGCCUGCAAAUGGAGCGGCAAAAUCUUAGCUUGGUGGAUUGUCCCAUAAUACCACCUGGUUUGGUUGGUCCAAUAAAAGUAUGGUAUGAUGAGCCGACAUUUGAAGAAAUUGAGCGAUUAAACCCAUAUUUGGAACUUGGUGGCCAUGGAAAACCUGGAAGUUGCCUAUCACGACAUAGGGUUGCUAUUAUCGUGCCUUACAGAGAUCGAGAAGCUCAUUUACGUAUCCUGUUGCACAAUCUUCAUUCAUUGCUUACUAAACAGCAACUUGAUUAUGCCAUUUUUGUCAUCGAACAACAUGAGAAUGAAACAUUCAAUCGUGCUAAGUUGAUGAAUGUUGGAUAUACGGAAGCGAUGAAACUUUACGAUUGGCAGUGUUUCAUAUUUCACGAUGUUGAUUUGUUGGCAGAAGAUGAUCGUAACAUUUAUUCCUGUCCCGAUCAGCCAAGGCAUAUGAGUGUUGCGAUCAACAAAUUUAAAUACAGGUUACCUUACGGGUCAAUAUUUGGAGGUGUAAGUGCUAUUAGAACAGAACAGUUCCUAAAAAUGAAUGGCUUUUCUAACAGUUAUUGGGGAUGGGGUGGCGAAGAUGAUGAUCUCUCAAUACGAGUAACUUCUCUUGGUUACAAAAUAAUGCGAUAUCCGUUGGAAAUUGCUCGUUACCAAAUGGUUAAACAUGAGUCAGAAACGAAAAAUCCCAUUAAUAGAUGUCGUUAUGACUUAUUGGCUAAAACAAAGGUGCGACAACAAAUGGAUGGUAUUUCAUCAUUAAAAUAUGAAUGUUACGAUUUGCAUUUUUUGCCGCUGUUUACACAUAUUAAAGUGAAAUUAUUCGAACAGGAGUCGAAAGCACAAUUACGAGAAGAAGGCUUCAAGAAAUGUUGAUCUUUGUCCAAAUGACGAGCGACUGUGUGUCCAGAAACCUAAGGAGAUGAAAUCAUGACUAUCCGCAACAAAUCAACUGAUUCGAAUAUGGAAUAACACUACAAAUGGCAUCGUGUUAUCUGCAUGGAUUGAAGCAACGAAUGAUGCAAUGAAAAUUAUUGUUAUUAAAGAAUGAAUGUUCAUCAUAGCAACUGUAUAUUGUACAAUGGAGAACAUCUAAUUGGAUAUAGCCUUACGUGAGCUUUUUCAAGAGCUCAGUUACUACAGUGAAGUCACUUAUCACUUUAUUCAGUUCGUUUUCUGGUUAAAACAAUCGAUGGCAGUUAGAAUCUUCACCUAUUUCAUAUAUGAG